UUUCGUGAGCACAGGGAGAGGGUUGUGAAUUGUAUGUCUCGGUCAGAUCUAUUAGUCGAUCAAUGGAAGAAAAUUUACGAUUAUGAGUUCAGCGAUUUGUACUCGGGAGAUAAGUCGUUAUCUCUCGAUGACCUAGCCGCUGUAAACAUAGUGCAGCGAGGUACUUAUUGGGAUAAUGGACAUUUCGUUGUCCCCUUGCCCUGGAAAAUGGAGUCCAAGAGAGUAUACGGUGGAUGCGAAGUAGCCAGGCGACGUUUGGAGAGUUUGAAACCCAGACUAAUAUCCUCUGAAAGCCUUCGCGAAAGCUACACUAGCGCCAUGGAAGAGACCAUCAGAAAGGGAUAUGCAGCAGUAGCUCCUGAGCCCCAGCUUAAUCCUAGCUACCGCCCACGAUGGUAUUUGCCGCAUCAUGCCGUAUUUAACCCCAAGAAACCGGGGAAGGUAAGAGUUGUGCUGGACUGCGCUGCCAAACUGUCCGGAACUUCUUUAAAUGACUUCCUGUAUCAGGGACCAGACACGACAGCGAACUUGGUUGGAAUAUUAUUGCGUUUUCGCAAAGAACUGAUUGCCCUGACGUCCGAUGUGGAAGAAAUGUUUAUGCAGGUGAAAGUCCCAGAGUUUGACCGAGGUGCUCUGCGGUUCCUAUGGUGGCCUCAGGGUGAUUUCUCGAAGGAACCUAUUGAAUAUCAAAUGACGUCACACCCAUUCGGUGCAGUGUCCUCACCGUUUUGUGCGUAUUUUGCAAUGGCCAAGACUGCCGAGACGUAUGCCAACGAUUAUGAUAGCUAUGUGGUGGAAGCAGUGAAGCAUAACUUUUAUGUUGAUGAUUGCCUAGUGUCCUUUGCAAGCCCAGGUGAGGCAAAAACGUUCGUAAAACAGUCCACUGAGUUGUUGUUACGUGGUGGCUUUAAAUUGAAGAAGUGGGUGACUAAUUCAGAGGCAGUGAGAGUAGUUCUUCCUGGUCUGAGCCACACAGAGAACUCAGUCGACUUACGUGUUAGUCAAGGCUCAAUCCACAGGGCCCUAGGUUUGGAAUGGGACACCAUGCAUGAUGUUUUUAAGUUCCGAUUUGAACCCGUCGAAAAACCCUUCACGAAGAGAGGACUACUAUCCACCGUCUCAGCUCUUUUUGACCCACUAGGCCUCAUCGCCCCAGUUUGUCUUCCGGCCAAGCAGCUAUUGCAGAAUCUUUGCAAAUCUCAUGCUGGUUGGGAUACACCCCUGAGUUCCAAUGACCUAUCCCUAUGGAUGGAUUGGAUGAGGUUCAUGAAGAAUCUUGGGCAAAUCUCCGUACCCAGAAGUAUCAAGAAGGAGGAUAAGAGUGAGAUGAGUAAGAUUGAGUUGCACUUAUUUUGCGAUGCCUCUGAAUCUGGUUAUGGAGCGGUGGCUUAUUCGUGGAACGUUCCAAAAAACACGCCACCCUACAGCAUACUGCUUUAUAGCAAAUCCCGGGUUGCCCCUCUGAAAACGGUGACAGUGCCGAGAUUAGAGUUAGCUGCGGCAGUAUUGAGUGCACGAAUGAGUGAAAUUUUGAGGAAGAACCUCCCAAAUAGCUUUGACAAGACUUAUUUUUGGACAGAUUCUAUGAUUGUUUUGUACUAUAUUAGAAAUACAGAGAGUCGGUAUAGUACGUUUGUGGCCAACCGUCUAGCCAUUAUUCACCAGUAUUCAUCCCCAAAUCAGUGGGGGUACGUUAAAUCUGAAGAGAAUCCCGCAGAUUGGACAUCAAGAGGCAUACGAAAAGCGUGUGAAUUAGCGUCUUGGAUUCAGGGCCCCUCUUUUCUGGGAACCCGACAGUUUUCAAGUACCACAGACCUCUGCUGGAAGGAACCACCGAAAAAUGUCGAAUUGAAGAGGUCGGUCCGAACAAACACAAACGUUACUGAGCUCACUGCUGAUCCGAUUUUGGCGUAUCAUUCGGACUGGGUGAGGCUGAUUAAAGCUGUGGCAUGGCUUAAGAGAUAUGUGGUCUACAUAUCCGUUAUGUAUUCGCGUCGCCAAGGUGUGUCACUGAAUGUUGGCUAUCUAACAGCCGAUGAACUGGAAGCUGCUAGACAUAAAGUAUUAUGUAUGGUACAACAGGAGGUAUAUGGAGAAUUAAUAAAGGAACUCCGAGAAAAGGGUAGUUGUGAGACUGAAGAAGGUGAAUUGCAAAGGUUGUCACCUAUACUUGUGGAUGGAUUGGUCUGCGUCGGUGGGAGGUUGAACUAUUCCGACUAUCCACUUACUUUUAAGCAUCCGGUUAUCCUCCCCAGACAUCACUUCGUGACUGAGCUGAUCAUAAGGCAUUAUCAUAUUAUAGAAGGACAUACUGGUACUUCGCAAGUCCUGGCCACUCUACGAAGAAACUAUUGGAUAAUUAAGGGGAUCAGUGCGGUCAAACGGGUGAUAAGAAAGUGCAUAGAGUGCCGACGAUUGAAAGCUGCACUGGGUCAGCAGAUGAUGGCCCCUUUACCGGUCUGUCGCGUGCAGAAAGGAUGGAAACAAGUUAAUUACUUAGCUGACGUAUUUUGGCGCCGAUGGAUGAAAGAAUAUCUACCAUGCUUGCAAACUCGUCAGAAGUGGUUGGGAAGGAAAAGAAAUUUCAAGGAGGGAGAUGUGGUGAUUGUGGCCUCUGAAAAAACACCACGUGGUUCCUGGCCUUUGGGAGUGAUCGAAACAUGCGAGAAGGACGAAGACGAUUUAGUAAGAACUGUGAUGGUGCGUAUGAAGGAAGGUACCGUGAGAAGAGAUAUAAGAAAGCUUUGUCUUCUUGAGGGAGUAGAAGAAAGAUAGAGUAUGCAGACAGCUAGGUAGAUAGAGCCACGGCUGAAUACACAGAGGUGUUUUGCGUGUCUGGAGGGAUUUUGGUGGCCGGUGUAAAGGAAAAAUGAUCUGAAAAUCCCUCCCGAUCACCCUUAUUUGAUUGUAUUGACAUUUAUUUUAACAUUUUUACCCUCGUUGUGGAUGGUGUACCUUUGACCCUCGCCGGUGUAAUGUUAUUUGCUUGUUUAACUGUCUUAUUUGACUUUACACUCGGUAUUUGCCUUUGUAUGUUUGAGACUUAUUAUGAGUGUUUCACUUUCCUAUUAUGUGACGCUGGACUGUUGAUAAGGUGAUGUUGUUUUACUGCGCACGACAUUUUGUUUUGGUUCAACUUACGGUUGUGCAGUGAUUUGACUGUUUGUCUUUUGACUGUCUACUGGAAACGUUUGUUUGUUGAUUUGAUUCCUGUAGGCAGAGUUUUGAUCCCUUUUGCCGGGAAUAUUCCUAUUGACCGACAGGUAUUUAACAGUUGUAUUUUUUAACCAGUUUUUACCGUGUAGUACGUAUUUGUACCCGAGAACGUUUUGGACUGUAUAGUUACCCAACGGCACUGUUGAGGUAUUUUUGUAAUUUGACAUAACUUAUUGUUGCUUUGAUAGUACCACAGAUUUUGUUACGAAUCUACUAUUGAAUUACUACAAACCGUGUUUUGAUAUUUCGAUCCAACCUUUGACUGUGCGUCACUCGCGGAAGUUAGGAAGCUAUACAGUAGAACGCAGGAACUAGUCAGAUUCACGUCAGUUGGCACCGCCUAGCUAUUUCCCGCGUUCAGGCCAAGAUUAUUGGAUUCUGGCCGCUACAGUACUCAACAACCCGUCACUGCUGUACCUGGCAAUCGCAAGGUGUUCCUUGAGUCAAUUCCGGACGGGGAAGGUGACAUGUCCAUGGAUCCAACCUCAGAUACCAAGCAAGUCCCUCUUGAUGUUAUUUCAUGCCGUGGCUCUGAUAAUGGUACAGUUAUUGACUAUAGUAAGACUAGUCCUUGUAGGACCUCUGCUCAGUUGAAGGUACGACAGUUGGAUGAAAGGCAAGAGUUGGAACUUCGUGAAUUCAAGGCUAAACAAAGACAGGAAAGGUUGCGUCUGCAUAAAGAACUCAACUUAGAUGUGAAUGGGGGUUUAGGUGAUACCUUUUCCUUGGAUGAUGAUAUAAAGUGUCACAAAUCAGUUUGUCUUGGCAUUGACCCUCAUAGCAGUUCUGAUCGUGAAACGACUAGCCAGGCGAGCAGCGCAGAAAACAAAGGGGUUGCCGCUACGUUGCCUUGUGUCAGUGUUGGCCAUGAGUUACCGAAAGUAGAAUUAAGCAGC